AUGAUCGAUGAAGUGAUCGAGUACACGAGUUGCUUAUUGCCAGUUGUAAACGAUAAUCUGGAUGUUAGUGAGACAAAAGGAGUGAUGUGCACAUGGAGCGGAGCCAUCAUCGACGACAACAUUAUCUCCCUGACAUGGAUUUUCGAUUGGAGCAAACUCAAAGAUCAAGGAGUCGAAAGUCUAUUCGGACAACUUUCUAUUCACAGCGAGAACAUUCCCAAAGAAUCUCAACAGAUCGAUAUCGAUUUUAGAAAUUCAAUUGAAACAAUUGAGACAGUGAUAGAAGUUGCGACAUCAUGUGAUCCACUCAUCAAUGUCUCCUUCGAUUUUUCCGUUAUUCCUGUGACAAAUUCAGCUGCAAAGGAGGCAUGUGAGGAGAUGUUUGCACCGUCUGAAGAGACUGACGGUAUUUUGAUUGUUGAAGGGAUGAAAUUGCAUGUUAAUAAAGAGUUUCUCUCUUAUCAAUCCGAAUUCUUCCGUGCUCUCUUCUCAUCGAAUUACAAAGAAGGACAAAUGGCGGAGAUUCCUAUCAAAGAUGUCAAUUUCAGUGAUUUCAAGCUUCUUUUGAGUAUUGUCUACCCGAUUAAUGAGUUUCCGAAUGACAAAACCGCUGAAAAACUGCUGGAACUCGCCGAUCGCUUCAUAAUCCCAUCAGUAACUCAUAAAGUGAACUAUCAUCUCAUGAAUCAUUCGAAAUUUGACAACUCGAAACUUUUGUGUCUCGCCGACGAAUAUCAGCUGAAGGAUCUGCUGGAGAAGAGUAUUCAUCAGAUGAAUACAUUGGAGAAGGCGAAGGAAUUGGAGAAAUGCGGCGAAUAUUCGGAAUUGUCGAUUGCAACGAAAGCGAAAUUGUUUGAUCGAAUGUUGAAGUUAAUUUGA